AAAUGCUCAUCCUUAAACUAAUCUGAAUUACUUGAAUCUGAAUUUACUAGUAUCAGGCUGGCGAUCAAACGCAGUCUUAUAUCACAACAAAAGAAAGAUAAUUUCGCAGGAAAAAGUCCCUCGACACUUCCCCCACCCCCCCGUUUUCCAAGAAUGAGACGAACCUGAAGUGGGAGGAAAGAAGGCGGAUUCAUUUAUCGAACUAUCACUGAGCGUUUCUCGAGGCGAGAAUCUUCAUGAAAUCCUCUGAGCUGCAACAGAAACAGGAGAACGAGGAGCAGCAGCAGAAGUAGUGCCCCACACGGAGAGGAUUAAGGAUGUUAUCUCGGCUGAGUGAGCUGAUAUGGGCUGACUGGAUUUGGUUCCCCAAAGGCCACGGCUGGGAUGAUUUAAAGGAUCAUGACGGUAAAAUCUUUCCUAAAACACGGGACCUUUGGCCCAGCAUACCCAUCGCCUUCUGCUUCCUGAUUGUAAGAAAAAUAUUUGAAAGGACAGUAGCACUUCCCCUGGCUUCUCUGCUGGGAGUAACCGAUAAACUUCGUGUCCGUGCUCCUCUAAAUCCCAUUCUGGAAUUCCAUUUCAGCAACAAAUCGAAGCACCUGACACAGAGCACCGUAGAGAGUUUAAGUAAACAGACGGGUUGUUCAGUGCGACAGGUCCAGAGAUGGUUCAGACAGCGGAGGAACCAGGAUCGGCCCAGUAAGCUCAAAAAGUUCCAGGAAGCAAGUUGGAGGUUUACAUUUUACUUUCUUGUUUUCUUUGGUGGUCUGGGAGUCCUUGUUGAUAAACCAUGGUUCCAUGAUGUGAAGCAGGUGUGGGAAGACUUCCCAAAAAUGCCACUGCUGCCCUCACAGUAUUGGUACUACUUGAUCGAACUGGGCUUCUAUCUUUCUGUCGUUUUUAGUCUAGCAUCAGAUGUGAAACGGAAGGAUUUCAAAGAACAAAUAGUUCACCAUGUGGCCACCAUCCUCCUCAUCAGUUUCUCCUGGUUGGUGAACUACAUCCGGGCUGGGACUUUGAUCAUGUUGGUGCAUGACGCCUCAGACUACUUAAUGGAGUCGGCCAAAAUGUUCAACUACGCGAGAUGGAAAAGAACUUGCAACUUCAUCUUCACCGUGUUUGCCGUAGUCUUCAUCAUCACCCGUCUCAUAAUCUUACCUUUCUGGAUCAUUCACACGACGUUGGUGUACCCGUUGACCGUCCACCGUCCCUUCUUUGGCUUCUGCUUCUUCAACGGGCUGAUGUUAGUGCUGCAGCUUCUGCACAUCUUCUGGGCAAUCCUCAUCGUGCGCAUGGUCAUCAAAUUCCUCCCAGGCAAUGGCAUUGUCGAGGACGAGCGGAGCGACAGGGAGGAGACGGAGUCGGAUGAUGAAAAUGACAGCUGCCGGCAAGGAGGGAAGGUUAAAAAUGGCCACGUGCUGAACGGUCACGCGCUCAUCAACAGCAACUACAAUAAGUUUGACUGAUGAACACUUGGAGAUGAGGAGGUGACCGUGGGCCUGGAAGCCAAAGAACAAGCAGCACACGUUCAGAUUUACUCCCAUAUCAGUUCAGCUGGAACUGUUAGGCCUCUUUGUAGACGACACUACGCAAAUGAAAGGAAGUAGGCCAGGUGGAGAGUCACAAUGAUCUGCUUUGUGUGCGACUAGCAGCAGAGCAGCUUUCCUCUUUGUUCUUUCGCGCCUGCGACGUGUUUAGCUUCCUGCUGUUGACCGGUCUGCCACGCGUCCGACCUGCCCGCUUACAGCUUUGUUUUAUUACUGGAAGUAUUUUCAGGAGUUGAUGUGAUUCUUAUGGGUUCUGAUCUGCUGUAGUCAGUUAACAUUAUUGGGUAAUGAAGACAAAUUUGCCAGCUGCACCAUUGUCAAACAUAUGAUAAAGCAAUGGUGGGCCAUAGUUUCUUCAUUUAAAUCCAGUUUCUUAAGUACAAAAACUAAUUCAAGUACAUCAGCUGCAGUUUUGACUCUGGUUGUGUUUCGCCUCUAAUCAAGUGGAAUUAUUGGUGAUAAAUAAUAUUUAAAGUGUGUGAGAGAUGGUGCUACAUGUGCCACACGUACUGAAAUGUGCCUAUGUGGAAAUGUGUAAAAUGUGUCGUCUUCUGGGAAGCAGAAUGCAAAGAGAUUUGUUUUAUAUUGUUUAUUUAGAUGAAUAUCUUAUGAUUUUUAUUUAUUUUUUAUUCUAGGCCAUGGUUUAAAUUUGGGAUAUAGUUGUUUGAGUGAAUCAAACCAAUCAGCUGUUUUUUUUUCUUUAUAUAUUGAAAGAGAAUUUAGCAAUUAGAUUUAUUUUCCAUCUAUUUUUAGAUGCACUUUAUGGUCUGUUAGAUCAGUAUUGGCCGAAAGUCAAGUACAUUAUUUCAGUUAAAAUGUGUAGUUAAAACUAAGAGGUUCUGAAUAGAAUUUUAGUUUGUCAGAAAAAUUUUUAGUUAAAAAUACAAUUGGUGGAAAUCAUUUGUAGAAAUUUAAAAUCAAAGAGCCAAUCUUGUUUACAUGUUCUGUCCCCUUUAUUGUUGGUGAGUGCCUUCAUCAUUUCAACUGUGGAUUGUAAAAAUAACGAGAUCUGUCAUCUGUCGUACCAACACGUCUAACACUUUACUUUCCCGCCUUCUAGACCAAAUCGCACGCGGCCCAGAGCUUGGCUUUUGCUAAAACGUUUUUAUCCUGUCGUUUGUGUCUGAGCUGUAAAAUUAUAACAUUGAUUAUAAAAAAAAUUAUUGUCCA